AUGGAGAACCUAUCAGUUGAGAUCCAGCGGUCAGCACCCCCAGGAGCCCCGUGUCCACCCGGGGCUGUGCUGUUCCUUCUCUACUCCCUGGUCACCCUCACCGUAUACCUUGUCGAUGUGGCCAGUCAUGGCCUGCUGAUCCAGGUGGCUGGCCCUUGUCUGCCCCCUUCCCAGGCAGUUACCUGGUUCGGACACCAGGCUGUAGCCGAUGCCACCUUCACUGUCCUCCUGCCGCUGACUCUCACCUGGACCAGUUCUGCCUGGCCCCUGGGGGGCGCAUUCUGUCAUCUGGACCCUCAUCUGGCUGUCCUGACCUUCUAUGCCAGCGGCCGCCUGCUGACCCACACCACAGCCGAUGCCUUCACUGCGCUGCUCCAACCGACCUGGGCACUGACCCACCGCCGGGCUCGGAGGGCAGUGUCUUGGGCUGGUGGGGUUUGGCUCCUUCUGCUGGUCCUGAGGGAACCCUCUAUGCGGGCUUUAGAGGGGCGAGGACACUGGGAUGAGCCUUCUAAUACAUCUGCAGUGUUGCAGCCUGGCUGCACCCCAGACUUGGGGUUUCCCGGUCCGGCCCUGAAUCAGCUGGUAUUUGGCUUUGGGAUACCACUUGGAGUGUUGAGUGCCAUCCGAGAGCUCAUGGGGGUCUGGCUGAAGCUGGCCAGGUUGACCGGGAGGCCCCCACCACUGGGGGCACCGUGGGCCUUAGGGGUCGGGCUGUUUCUCUGCUGGUUCCCCUUCCACCUGCUGCUUUUGCUGCAGCUGUUGGGGUCACGGGAGGCAGGGCUGGGCUUAGGGGAUGUUUGGGUGCUGCUCAGACCCUUAGGGUUCACCAUGGUGGGGGCCAGCAGCUCCCUCAACCCUCUGCUCUAUGUGUUUGGGGGUCAGGUCUUCAGGCAGCGACUGUACCAGGCUCUUCGGACCUGUGGUGGCUGGGGGUGGGGAGAAGGAGGUGGGUGA